GUGCAAGCUAAGGGGAUUCAUUGGGAAAAGAUCUCAUUCUUAGAUUCCAAACGAGACCUGCUGGUUCCAUCUGGAGAUUCUUCCUGUCAUCAUCAGGUAGGAAAGGCUACACCUCUUUUGAGUGGACGGCAAACCAACAAUGACUUUGGAUUCCCAAAUAGAAGAAUUCCUUUCAGCCAUUUUGUCAAUCAAAGGUAAUGAAUCAAUCGAAUCAUUCCGAGAAAUACGACUAGGCUUCUCUCCUGUGUUAUACAGAAUACACGAGAUACAGAAUGAAUUUCAAAUUCCUCUAAGUCCUGAGAGUGGUUCUGAAGUGGUCGACUUGCCUUUCAGUACUACUGGAAUUGCUCCAAAUGUUUCUAAAAUACCAGAAUUUUUUUCUUCUCCUUAUGAUCAACUGUUUGAUAAUUUAACACAAAAUCUUCUCAAUGGCUUCAUUGCCCUUAUUUGUAUUUUAGGCCUGGUGGGAAAUGGAAUGACAAUUUAUCUCCUGGCCUUUUCCAUUAAGAAGAAUCAUUUCACCACUUUCAUCCUGAAUCUCUCCAUCGCAGAUUUUGGAGUCAUCACAUCCCUCAUUACUGCAGCUAUAUUUAUGACAAUGUUUACUCUGAAUCACCAAACAUACGUUAUCAAUGCCUUUUUCUUCUUACUUUUUGAGUUCUUUUUCUUCACUUAUUCUGCCAGCCAGUUUCUGCUGACGGCCAUCAGCCUGGACAGGUGUGUGGCGGUUCACUUCCCACUCUGGCAUCGCUGCCAUCGUCCUCCAUAUUUAUCCAGACUUGUUUGUGGCCUCAUCUGGAUCCUCUCUUUCUUGCUCUCUGCGGUGCACUUCAUUCUCCACCAGACCAGAACCUAUGGAAGUUCACCUUUGUUUUACCAGCUGAUUGUGAAUGGUUUACUUUGUACGCCUCUCAUGGUUGUGUCUUCUGUGACUCUCUGGAUUUAUAUAAGGUCUAAAAUGCAACGCAAUCAAAGGAAACUUCUGAUCACCAUCUUUCUGGCUCUCCUCUUCUUCCUCCUGUUUUCUCUCCCAAUGAAUGUCUUUUAUGUCCUUAAAUAUUUUGUUUCCUAUAAUCCCCUCCUCCUGACCAUUGGAGUAGGAUGUGGCACUCUCAACAGCAGCAUCAACCCUCUUCUUUAUUUCUUAAUGGGGAGGAAGAAGAGGGGAAAGGAUCAGUCCAGAGCAGCUUACAAGGUUGCUCUGCAAAGAGUCUUCAAGGAUGAGAAGGGAAGCACGGAAGAGCAGGAAACCAUGAGUGAAAGCCAAUUGUGAAGAGUUAUAUAUAUAAGUAUAUAUAUAUAUUUAGUAAAUAUAUAUACUAAAUAUACUAAAUAUAUAUAGCUUCUGUAAUAAUGUCAUGUUCAUGGAGUGUAUAUUGGAGGCAGCUACCCUUUGAGAGCUGUAUGCAAUGAAAUUUCAUUUUAAUCUAUGCCGAUUAAUGUACAUUCAAAGUGUCAAUAAAGUUAUUAUAUUCUGUCCUGUCCUGUCCUGUCCUGUCCUGUCCUGUCCUGUCCUGACCUAUCCUAUCCUAUCCUAUCCUAUCCUAUCCUAUCCUAUCCUAUCCUAUCCUAUCCUAUCCUAUCCUAUCCUAUCCUAUCCUAUCCUAUUAUUAAUAGUUAGCCUCCCCUCCUGCCAGUCCUUUAGGGUGAUUUCAAUUCCUUAUUUUUACCUGGCACCAACCUCACCUGGCAAAAUUCUGUUACAGAAGAACCUUAGUAAUCUUUUCAUUUCAUUCGCAAACCACUUCUGGGUUUUUAUUCUUAAUUUUGUUUGGCUAUUUUUGGAAUAGAAGGAUUUUUUAAGGAUUUGUAUGUGAGGGUAUGGGCGUGGGUGUCGAAAGAGAUAGUUAGAUAGAUAGAUAGAUAGAUAGAUAGAUAGAUAGAUAGAUAGAUAGAUAGAUAGAUAGAUAGAUAGAUAGUAAUUACAGACAGACAGACAGACAGAUAGAUAGAGGCAUACAGUGGUACCUUGGCAUUCAACUGCUUUGAAACUCAUCAAGUUUGUUGCUCAGUACAUUUUGAGGCAAAACCUUUGUCCCAGUACUCAUCAUUUGUUUGCUACUCAAUUCACAAGCUAGAACCUGUUGGUGUUGGCUGUCUUGUGACUAAUAUAUUAUCCCUUAUAGCAAACAUUUGUUUUGAGCAAUCAUUGCACCCAGCGGUGGGAUUCAAAUAAUUUAACAACCGGUUCUCUGCCCUAAUGAUUUCUUCUAACAACCAGUUCACCAAACUGUUCAGAAAGUUAACAACCGGUUCUCCUGAAGUGGUGCGAACUGGCUGAAUCCCACCUCUGACUGCACCUCUUGGAGCCAAUCAGCGAUGAGUAACAUAGUACCACAGUAUAGAUGUAGAUGAUACAGAUAAUAGAUGAUAGGUAGAUAAAUGAUAGAUAGAUAGAUAGAUAGAUAGAUAGAUAGAUAGAUAGAUAGAUAGAUAGAUAGAUAGAUAGAUGUUGACAGAUGAUAGAUAGGGAUGGAUAGAUAGAUAGAUAGAUAGAAUAAUAGAUAGAUAGAUAGAUAGAUAGAUAGAUGAUAUCGAUAAUAAUGAUAGACAGACAGAUGAUAAAUAGAUAGAAAAAUAUAGAUGGUAUAGACAUAUAGAUAUAGUUGUAGAUGAUAGAUACAGAGAUAAAAAUAGAGAUAGAGAUGAUAGAGGUAGACAUAUAGAUGUAGCUAUAGAUACUGUAGUUAGAUAUAGAUAUCUUUUCAAAAUAUUUUUGCAUUUUAUGUAUUUUAUCAUUGUUCAGCUUUUGUUUGCAUUCUAGUCUUUUUAUUCUGGUCUAUGACCAAAGUCAAUAUUUAACUUGAUUUGUGUUACGGAAUUGGACACCUGUUUGCAGGAGGGAAGGCCUCUUUCUCAAGGAGCUAAAAGGCAAAUCAGCCUUGAGUUGUUGGUGUGCAGAAAGAGGCUGAGAAGGGAUCCUCUCUAAAACCUGCAGAAGGUUUAUCUGAUAGAGAUGCAGAGUGUGCUUUAGUCUGGCAAGAUUCCUGUCUAUAUGCAAAGCAAU